AGAACCUAAGAUCUCGACCCCGCUCAAGUUUAAUCUUGUUGUUUCCUCUCCGUCCUAAUAAGAGAUUGAAUAUCAAACGUCGACGGAGCAUUUAUAUUUAUAUUUAUAUUCAAUUCAUACUUCAUACUUAUCUACCCCAACCCUCCCUCUCACUCAUCUCUAGCAUUGCACCCGAAAAUGGGCUCCAUAAACUCAGACUGGCAGACCAUCGUUGCCGCCAAACAGAAGAAGAGCCAAUCUCUGAUUCCCGAGGCAUGGAAGAUCCCCGAGUCCAUCAAAAAGGAAUUGAAGUACCCGCUCGAGGAAAAUGCCAACCGGAUCUUGGACCUCGACAUCCCUAAACGAUCAGGUAUUCUGUCGGAACGAGAAGUUGAAAUCACAGAGUCAAACACCGUCGCUGAACUCUUGUCCAAGCUGGCUUCGGGUGCAUACACUUCUCUGGAAGUGGCGACUGCAUUCUGUAAGAGGGCUGCGAUAGCUCAACAGUUGGUUUCAUGUCUCACUGAGACCUUUUUUGACCAGGCAAUUGCCCGUGCCAAAGAGUUGGACCAGGCCAAGGCUGACGGGAAACCUCUGGGUCCUCUACAUGGUCUUCCGAUCAGUAUGAAGGAUGGAUUCCAAAUCAAGGGUCUCGAAGCUAGUAUUGGCUAUGUCUCGUUCCUGGGAAAACUCUCCGAGGCCAAUUCACCCUUGGUCGACGUGUUGCUCGGUGCUGGCGCUGUUCUCUACUGCAAGACCAACAUCCCUAUGACGCUCAUGACGGCCGAUUCCCACAACAACAUCUUUGGCCGUGCCCUCAAUCCUCACAACACGGCCUUGAAUGCUGGAGGAUCGAGUGGCGGCGAAGGUGCUCUUGUUGCCAUGCGAGGGUCUCCUAUCGGAGUUGGCACUGAUGUUGCGGGUUCUAUUCGCAUCCCAUCGUUGUGCUGUGGUACCUAUGGGUUCAAACCCACAUCCUCCCGCAUUCCAUAUGGCGGCCAGGCCAUCCCCGGCUUGCCAGGCUUCAAGCCCAUUGUGGCAUCUGCCGGACCUUUGGCCAAUGACUUCGAGGCGCUAGAAAUCUUUGCUAAAGCCGUCAUCGACUCAACCCCUGCCCUGCUCGAUUCUACCGCGCUGGACGUCCCCUGGCGCACCCUCAAGCCAAUCACCAAUAGCCGUCUGAGGUUUGGUGUCUUGCCAGCUGAUCCCUUGUAUCCGUUGCACCCCCCAGUCAAGAGAGCGCUCGAAGAAGCUGUCAAGCUCAUCCAAGCCCAGGGGCAUGAGAUAGUUCAUUUGGAUGUCGGUGAGACGCGGGUUGCCGACGCAUGCGAGCUCUCAUUCGAGCUGUUCACUCUGACCCCAGGUGCUGCAAUGGGCCAUCUGAAGGCCAGUGGCGAGCCGCCAGUGCCUUCGGUCCUCGCCCAGACCGCCACAGCUAAUCAUGGAAAAUACAAGUUUAUUCCCGACUUCAAGCAUCUGGACAAGUUGCAUGAAUAUGCCGCUCUGUCCGUCAAGCGACAAGAGUACACUGAAGACUGGAGGAAACUAUGGAACCACCACAAGCUGGAUGCCAUCAUUGCACCAGCCGCACAGAACACUGCUGUGCCACAUGACACCUUUGGCUGGCCACCUUAUACCGUCCUCUUCAAUGUCCUCGAUUUUCCAUCCGUGGUCAUGCCGUUCAGUAAGGCUUCCAAGGAAAUUGAUAGCGAGCCAUUCCAGCCACAGCCUGGACAAGCUGGAACAAGCUACAUUCCUGAGCUUUUCGAUGGCGCCCCAGUCUCCAUACAGGUAGCCACCACUCGUAUGCGAGACGAAGAGGUCAUCAAUAUUUCUCGAGUGGUUGAUUCGAUUCUGAACAAGGCAUGAGGCAGUCGACAAGAUCUAGAGCAUGAUACGUACGCCACUGGUCAUUAAAUUAGGCUAUAAAACUCGUGUAACGUGGCUCAUCGAAUCGUCAGUAGUUUUUCGCAUCUUGGUGCAGCAAUGACUUUGUCGUAGCAGGCCAAAUUAUUAUUCACGGCAACGACGAAAAGCUCUCGGGACCAAGACCAGCCUUAGAGAUCAAAG